UCGGUCAACAUGGCUGAUCUACAGAUGAAGCUUAUCCGUAAGAAAAUCCAGAAAAGAAACGAAAAAAACAAAGAGCGCAAGCUCCUCAAGAAGCAAGCAGAGGCCGAAGAGUCUCUGAAAGCAAUUGCUGUACAGGAGAAAUGCUCUCAAGAAGCUUCAAAAGAUGAAACUGAAGUCGUACAGGAACAACAGCAGCAGGAAGAUGAGCCAGUUGCUAUUAAAACAGAUGCACAGGGAAGUGCCACAAAGCAAAAGAAAAAAAAGAAAAGAAAGGUGCCGCCCUCGACUGAAACACCAGCUGAGAAAAAGCCCAAAACUCUACACGAAUUAAAUGGGGAUGAAGCUGGCGUUGAGGAAGAGGAGAAAGCAGUCAAACCAGAGGACGACAUGGGGGAAGAGGAGGACGAUAAACCUGAGCUUCCAUCUGGUUUGACGGGGGCAUUUGAGGACACAUCUUUUGCUUCUCUUGCUGAACUGGUGAGUGAAAAUACGCUGAAAGGAGUGAAGGAGAUGGGAUUUGAACACAUGACUGAGAUCCAGCACAAAAGCAUUCGUCCUUUGCUGGAAGGAAGAGAUGUGCUGGCUGCUGCCAAGACAGGAAGUGGUAAAACGCUGGCCUUCCUAAUCCCAUCCAUAGAGCUCAUCUACAAACUCAAGUUUAUGCCUAGAAAUGGCACAGGUGUAGUGAUUCUUUCACCGACACGCGAGUUGGCAAUGCAGACGUAUGGUGUGUUGAAAGAACUUUUGACACAUCACGUGCACACCUACGGUUUGAUCAUGGGAGGCAGUAACCGAUCAGCAGAGGCCCAAAAACUGGCCAACGGUGUCAACAUCCUGGUGGCAACACCAGGUCGUUUACUGGAUCAUCUCCAGAACACACCUGGCUUCAUGUUCAAGAACUUGCAGUGUUUGAUUAUUGACGAAGCUGAUCGUAUCUUGGAGGUUGGCUUCGAGGAGGAACUUAAACAGAUCAUUAAGCUUCUACCGAAGAAAAGACAGACCAUGCUAUUUUCAGCAACGCAAACUCGUAAGGUGGAGGACUUGGCACGUAUUUCGCUGAAGAAAGAGCCCCUCUAUGUUGGUGUGGAUGACAACAAGGACAACGCCACUGUAGAUGGUUUAGAGCAGGGCUAUGUUGUGUGUCCAUCGGAGAAGCGCUUCUUGUUGCUCUUCACCUUCCUGAAGAAGAACCGUAAGAAGAAGCUCAUGGUCUUCUUCUCCUCCUGCAUGUCGGUCAAAUUCCACUAUGAGCUCCUCAACUAUAUCGACCUCCCUGUAAUGGCCAUCCAUGGCAAGCAGAAGCAAACCAAACGCACCACCACCUUCUUCCAGUUCUGCAACGCAGACUCGGGGAUUCUACUCUGCACUGACGUGGCAGCGCGAGGAUUAGACAUUCCAGAAGUGGACUGGAUUGUCCAAUACGACCCUCCUGAUGACCCCAAGGAAUAUAUCCACAGAGUGGGCAGGACAGCUCGAGGCAUCAAUGGCAGAGGCCAUGCACUCCUGAUCCUCCGACCACAGGAACUUGGAUUCCUGCGCUUCCUCAAGCAAGCCAAGGUCCCCCUGAGUGAAUUUGAAUUUUCAUGGGCUAAAAUCUCAGAUAUCCAGUCUCAGUUGGAGAAACUGAUUGAGAAGAACUACUACCUUCACAAGUCAGCCCAAGAGGCAUACAAGUCUUACGUGAGGGCUUAUGACUCUCACUCGCUCAAACAGAUCUACAGUGUCAACACACUUGACCUCCUCAUGGUGGCUUUGUCUUUUGGAUUCAAAGUCCCACCCUACGUUGAUCUCAACGUCCAUGGCAGUAAAGGUGCAAAGUUGCAAAAGCGAGGCGGUGGUGGUGGUUUUGGUUACCAGAAAUCCAAGAAUGUGCACAAGUCCAAAAUCUUUAAGCACAUCAACAAAGGACGUAAUGACAACAGGCAGUUCUCGCGCUAA